GCCGCGGACGUAGGCCCAAGGACGAUGGAUGCCAUCGGACGCCCCAUUGUGGGUGGCCUUACUUUAUUCAUUUUCCAUUCUACUAACAAAACCUCAUUUUCUUAAAUCUCGUGCCGAAAAGUUUUGGCUCACUUAUCUUGGGACAUAAGGAGUAUUUUUACGGAUGAACGGAAAAUGAAAGUGUCCUUAAUUUUGUUUAGGACGGAUGAAAAAGAAAACGGUUGAAUUAGAUAGUAUUAUAAAAAUUAUUUUUAUUCCAUGAAGAUACUAUUCAAUGGUCGGAAUUGGCUUUUUUUUCUCUUAAUAUUUUGUCCUUUUACUUUUCGGAUUGGGUUGAAUUUUAUUUAAUUAAAUGAAAGAUAUCGAGCAAUGAUUUAUUUGACAUCGUUCUUUAGUCUAUUUAUAUAUGAAUUUUGGAAAUAUCGAAUGCAUCUUCCAUGAAUAUUCAUUGUACCUUUUGCCCUACAUUAAUUGGAUUUGGAAGUUUGGAACUUUUUUUGUAUCUCUUUCUAAAACAGGAGUAUGUAUUUUGUGUUGAAUAUUGAAUUAAAUUCAUAUGCAUUAAAUUUAAAAUCACCACUUGAACAAAAAUCUCUAUUUAUAUAUAAGUAUAAUAAAGAAUAAUUAUAAUUGAAAGUUUCAUGUAGAAAUUGCUAACCUUUCUUUUUUAUAAUAAUUAUGUUGAUUUUUUUUCACAAAUAAUAUUUAUAGUUUUUUAUAAUAAUCAUAAACUAUAGUACUAUAAACGAGUUUUUAUUCUUAUACUCUUCGUAUGAUUAUAUAAUUAAAUUAAAAUUAAUACCAAAACAAUCCAUUUUCAUCACGUGUCCGUUGUUACAAGUAAAGGCGACACAAUUUUGGACACGUUAUUUCAGUGCACUUUUUUGUUAUAAGUUGUUGUGAAAUGAUAUUAGACACGUCAUAUUACUAAAAAUAUGAACACAAGAAAAUGUAGAAAUUAUAAUACAAAUAUUAUUUUUGUAACACGCCAUAGACUAGUACUUAGAUAUGAAUUAGAAAUUCAAUGCAUUGACUCCAAGACUUAAAGAAAACCGCCCAAUUCUUAGAAAUUCAAUGCAUUGACUCCAAGACUUAAAGAAAACCGCCCAAUUCUUGACUUAUCAUCUUAUAAUAUUUUUUAUUUUGAUACUUCGAAGCCCAUCAUAUAAAGUCUCGUUGCAUUUAAAACCAUAAUUACCGGCCAGAUUUUCUCUAUUUCAUCAGGCAACUUUCAAGGGAAUACAUAACUUCCUUUUUUUAAUAUUCGUAUUACUUUUAAAAUAAAUUCUAACAAGCAAAAUAUUUGACCAUAGAGCCUUGCCCCUUCCUCCGCCGUCCGCUGCUGGAAUUCUAUUCGUUUUCACUGAAUUUUAAUCUGGGGUUUCUGUUUUUAGCUUGUUGGGCCUCUUUUCUUGAAUCUUGAAUAUCCCUUUUGGGGUAAAGAUCGAACUUUUAUUCGAAAAUUUGAUCUGGGGUGGCGGAAAGAAUCAUGGAGGAUAGCAGGUUGUGCCAGUGGAGCGUAAUUCGAUCUAUAUUGGCUAUUGUUCAAUGGUGGGGUUUCAAUGUCACUGUUAUCAUCAUGAACAAAUGGAUCUUUCAGAAGCUGGACUUCAAGUUUCCAUUAACUGUAUCGUGCAUUCAUUUUAUUUAUUCAGCAAUUGGCGCAUAUUUGGUAAUUAAAGUGCUAAAACUUAAGCCUCUUAUUCAAGUUGAUCCCGAAGAUCGCUGGAGGAGAAUUUUUCCAAUGUCGUUUAUAUUUUGCAUAAACAUAGUUUUGGGAAAUGUGAGCCUUCGGUAUAUUCCUGUUUCCUUCAUGCAAACGAUCAAGUCUUUCACCCCUGCCACCACAGUCAUCUUGCAGUGGCUAAUCUGGAAAAAGUACUUUGACUGGCGAAUUUGGGCCUCUCUGGUCCCGAUUGUUGGAGGGAUUCUUCUCUCGUCAGUCACGGAGCUGAGUUUUAACACGCUAGGAUUUUUUGCUGCUUUAUUUGGUUGCGUUGCUACGUCUACAAAAACCAUUCUUGCCGAGUCUCUAUUACAUGGGUACAAAUUUGACAGCAUAAACACAGUAUACUACAUGGCUCCUUUUGCAACUAUGAUAUUGGCUGUGCCAGCCAUGGUGCUCGAAGGGCCAGGGGUUACGGAGUGGCUUCUCACGUGCCCCUCUCUCUUUUCGUCCCUCUUCAUCAUUUUUGGGUCUGGAGUGACGGCCUUUUGCCUCAACUUCUCGAUUUUUUAUGUCAUUCACUCCACGACUGCUGUGACCUUCAACGUUGCAGGAAAUCUUAAGGUUGCAGUUGCGUUUACAUGCUCCUGGCUCAUCUUCCGGAAUCCAAUCUCUGUCAUGAACGCCAUCGGAUGUGGGGUGACACUCGUCGGGUGCACCUUCUACGGGUACGUGAGGCAGAUGCUCGCAAACCAAGCCCCUGGAGUACCAGCUGCCCCUCGUACUCCACGAAGCAAAGCAGAGUUGCUCCCAUUGGUAAGCGACAAACUGGACGACAAAGUAUAACUCUUGCUCAUACCUCCUAUUUUAACCGAGCAUAUAUACAUAUUACAGCCUUAUUUAUUUUAACCAAUUCUGAUAGAUGAAUUUUAGUCUUGUACGAAAAAGGCUAAUGUAAGAAAACCACAAUGCUAAUAGCACACAUGUUUUUGGUAA